AUGUCGACCAUGGAAAGCUUGACAAAUGAUUUCGUGGAGGGGCAGCUUCUGGAUGGUCGUUUCCGCACCGUCGCCCCGCUCAAUCAUGGGUCUUUUGGCAUGGUCUUCCUUGCCAAUGACAUCAAGACUGGCGAGGAUGUCGCUAUCAAGCGCCUUCUCAAGGCGUCUGCUGCGGACUCUGCCGUCUAUCUUCCCGAGGAUCGGUUCGAAGAACUUGAAUGUCACCGUCGAUUCGGCUUCCACCCGCAUUUGGUGAACUUGAUUCAUACCUUCGACACCGAUACUCAUACCUAUCUCGUCUUGGAGUACUGUGCCAAUGGUGACCUGUACGAGGCCAUUCGUCUGAACCGGGGUCCAUUGGAAACCGAACAUGUCCGGGAUUUCUUGAACCAGCUCCUUAGCGCCGUCGAAUUCAUGCAUGCCAAUGGCUUGUACCACCGUGACAUUAAGCCGGAGAAUAUCUUCCUGACACAGGAUGGUGCCAUGAAGCUCGGUGACUUUGGUCUUGCCACUCAGGAAGACUGGUGUCACGAAGCUUGCGUCGGCAGUGACCGCUAUAUGGCCCCCGAGCAAUACGAUCCCAGCACGACAGGUUACUCCCCAGCCAAGGCCGACAUUUGGUCUCUGGGUAUCUGUCUGUUGAACAUCUUGUUUGCUCGGAAUCCCUUUGUAACUCCUACCGAGUCGGAUGUGCUAUUUGCGGACUACGUACGCGAUCGCCAGUCUCUGUUCGAUAUCUUCCCCAACAUGUCCCAGGAUACCUACGAAAUCCUGACCCAUGCCAUGGCUAUCGAUCCUGAGAAGCGUUCCUUGGAAGGCGUCCGUGAUGCCAUCCAACGGGCUGUCUCCUUCACUACCGACGAUGAGGCUCUUGAUGACUUCUGCACUGAGGAUCGUGAGGUGGUCGCAGCCAGCGCCAACCGCGAGCCUCUCCGCACUCCAUCUAUCCAGAGCCCCUACGUCACCCAGGGAGAUUCCUUCCCUUGGGCCAAGGCCCUCCAGACCAGUCCUCCUCAGGCCAUUCGCCAGCUGUCUGCCAUCCCGGACAACGAGAGCUACACCGAGGAUCUUUUCCCCCCAUCCGAAGUUGCGGGAACCUCCUGGUUCUCGGUCAAUGCCGACACUCCAUCCAUGGCUUCCGUCUUGGACUCUCACCUCAGCGAAUCCUUCCGCUCGCUCAACCUUCGCAAGCGCCAGGUCCCCUUCCUCCCUCGCUCAGACCCGGUUCCUAUCACCGGAUCUCUGCCUUCUCAUGCCACCAAGCCUCUGCCGUCUUUGUCCAUGGUCUUUGGUAAGAACAAGGGCUCAGAACAGAUCUCUAAGAGCUGGUGUGACAUGUGGGAGGAGGAUGAAUCUGAAAGUGAAGACCUCGCUAUGUUGCAACGUCGGGAGCAGAACUCUCGCAGCUGGAGCCAAGAGAGCAAGGAAGCUGUCCUCCCGGGAUUGCGCGAGCAGGACUCCGCUUCCCUUACUCAACGUUCUCCAGCCCCUGAAUCCGGCUUGACGAAGGAACUUCGUGGCAUGCGUGAAGACUCUCUGGAUCUAGACAGCGAUUCAAGUACAUCCAGCAGCACUCCGCGCCCCAUGCACAGUUCCCCCGCCCCAGUUGACAAGUGGUCUCGUCUCGGUGAUGUUCGUCGCAACUACAAGCCUGAUCAGCGUCGCAAUAUCAAGUCUCGUGAGGUCUUCGGUCCCAAGAGAGCCACUCCCUCUCAAACCCGUCGACACGAUUGGGGCCACGGAUCUUCCGGUUACCGCCAUGGACCUCAGACCAAGCGCGAAUCCUCUUCUGAUGCUCGUCGCCGGCAGCUGUUAGAAAAAGACUGGCGCCGCAAUGGACCUAAGCCCCAUCACACCAAUGCAUACGACGGUACGGUCGACGACGAUCUCGACCUCGUUGGUGGAUGGCUCGAGACUGACUUCUAA